UUGGCUUCAUAAUUACGCAAUUAGAUUCUUAGAUGUGAUUCCUGUCCUGAUUGUGAUUUUUGGAAAUUUCAAAUUCAUUUUUAACAUUGUUUAAUGCAAGGUUAAGGAUUUCAAAACUCUUUAAAUGUAGAUUAAAAUUUAGCCUGAUUAGCUCAAAAGUGACUUAAUUUAAAGGAUCUAAUAAGUCUUCAAACAUGGCUACUAAUGCCACCAUGGAAGCAGCAGACAUUGUGGUUGUAGUCGUCUACUUCAUCCUGGUGCUUGGAAUUGGCUUCCUGGCGAUGCGAAAAGCCAAUCAAGGCACAGUGAGCGGCUACUUCCUGGCUGGUCGCUCCAUGAACUGGGCCGCUGUGGGAGCAUCUCUCUUUGUCAGCAACAUAGGAAGUGAGCAUUUCAUCGGACUAGCCGGGUCGGGCGCUGCUAGCGGUUUCGGUGUGGCUGCGUGGGAAUUCAACGCUCUACUACUGCUGCAGUUACUGGGCUGGGUGUUCAUCCCUGUGUACAUUCAGUGUGGAGUCUACACCAUGCCAGAAUACCUGUCCAAACGAUACGGAGGAAGGCGCCUGAAGGUUUAUUUUGCUGCUUUGUCUCUUGUGCUUUACAUCUUCACCAAGUUGUCUGUGGACCUCUAUUCAGGGGCCUUGUUCAUUCAGGAGUCCUUGGGGUGGAACCUUUAUCUUUCCAUCAUCCUCCUCAUUGCCAUGACAGCUGUGCUGACAGUCACUGGAGGUCUGGUUGCUGUCAUCUACACAGACACAAUCCAAGCAUUUCUGAUGAUCGCCGGAGCGCUCUGUCUUACAGGCAUCAGCUUCGUCAAAGUUGGAGGCCUUGAAGGGCUGAGAACCAAGUACAUGCAGGCCAGUCCAAACAUCACUGCCAUUCUUCUGUCUUCACCUAAUCUGACAUAUUCUGCAUCCUGCGAACAUCAUCUCCACCCUAAACCAGAUGCUCUGAAAAUCCUGCGAGGCCCAAAAGAUCCAGACCUGCCUUGGCCUGGUUUCUUGCUUGGUCAGACCCCUGCCUCAAUCUGGUACUGGUGUACAGAUCAGGUGAUCGUGCAGCGGGUUCUGGCUGCGAAAAACAUUGGUCAUGCCAAAGGGUCUACCAUCAUGGCAGGCUUCCUCAAAAUUCUCCCCAUGUUUAUCAUCGUUAUCCCAGGGAUGAUUUCCAGGGUCUUCUUUGCUGACGAGUUGGCGUGCAUCAGUCCAGAACACUGCAUGGAGGUGUGCGGUUCUGCAGCCGGCUGCAGCAACGUGGCAUACCCUCGGCUCGUCAUGUCUUUGAUGCCUGUUGGUUGCCGCGGCUUGAUGAUGGCAGUCAUGAUCGCUGCUCUGAUGAGCGACUUGGACUCUAUUUUCAACUCCGCAAGCACCAUAUUCACGCUGGAUAUUUACAAAAUGUUGCGAAAGGAGGCUUCGUCCAAGGAACUGGUGACAACCGGCAGGCUUUUUGUCAUCUUUAUGGUGACCAUCAGCAUUGCUUGGGUGCCAGUUAUCAUUGAAAUGCAAGGAGGACAAAUGUUCUAUUAUAUCCAAGAAGUAUGCGACUAUUUAACUCCCCCUGUGGCGGCGCAAUUCUUGCUUGGUAUCCUGUGGCAUCGCUGUAAUGAAACAGGUGCCUUUUGGGGUGGAGUGGUAGGCUUAUCUCUCGGAGCACUGCGGUUGAUUUUAGGCUUUGUUUACAGAGAACCACACUGCGACCAGCCUGACAAGCGACCGUCCUUCAUCAAAGAUAUCCAUUUCAUGUAUGUGGCAGCCUUCUUAUUUUGGGUAUCAGCUUUGGUGAUGGUCGUUGUGAGUCUCUACACUCCUCCACCAGAAAAAGAACAAAUAGGAACAACCACUCUGUGGGGGUUAAAGCAGAGAAGGAAGCAAAAAACACCGGAAAUAGAACAAGGUAAAGAAGACCUUAACAACCUUAAUCUUCUAGAUCACACAACUGAAAAUGGAAAUGGUGUUGUUGGUGAAGAAACGUUCCACGGCCACCAAAACAAGCUCAACAGCACUGAUUGUAAUAAUGAAAACACUCAGUCGACCAGUAGUUACAUUAUCCCAGCCCACUCCCCACUCCAGAAUGGCUGCUAUAAUCUGUCUGAAGCUAGACUGGAGAAUGAGGGAGAAAUGAGAGAAGGGAAGGAUGUGGAAGGGGGAGAGGAGUGCCAUUUUGGGAGAGAGGGAGUAUUAAUGGAAAACGGGAAAUGUAUGAAUAUUUUUGAGCGUAUUUGUGGGCUCCAAGAGAAAUCUUCACAAACCCAGGUCAUAACAGCUCAAGAGCAGGAGAAGAUUGUAGAUGAGCUUCUUUAUGAACCUCCAGGAACCAAAAUGAUACUAAACACAUUACUGGUGUUGAUUUGCUCUAUUGGGAUCUUUCUAUUUGGGUAUUUCUCCUUAUAGGCAAAGAGCAGGGCAAACAAGGAAACACGAUGAUCAGAACUUCUAUCCUGGACCACAAUUAAUUUUUUUAUUUAUCACUUAUUAAUCACUUGGUAUAUGCUGAUUGUGAUAGCAAAGAUUAGCUUUUUUGCAUCUAAAACAUUUUCUUUGCAACAUGCAUGUGCAAAUAUGUACAAAUAUGUGCAACAUGAUGCUUUCAGGGUAAAGAAAAAAGUCAGGAAAACAAUACUACAAGCUGCUAACAUAACUAACAGCUAAAUGACCAUCAGAUAAGUUUGUUUUGAGAUUCUGCUUUUGCCAGUGGGUUCCACUUGAUGCAUUUGGUUUCUCAACCAAGUUUAACGUCAAGCAGAACCAUUAGAUUGUAUCGCUUUUGGGACAAUUUGGCAUAUUUUUGUGCAGGUACAGCGUUGGUAAAGAUGUGUUAUAAGUUCUGAUGUUCUCUUGUCUUUCUCAUUCUGAAAUGUUACUCAAAAAAAUGGCCUUUGUGUCACGUCAUAUAUAUACUGCAGACAGCCGAAAGGCAUGGGACACUGUUUAAAAUCUUCUAGAUAUUGUCCAAAGUGCUGCCUGGGGGCCAAAUGAGGCCCUUGGAAUUAUUUUGUGUGGCCCCUGAAGACAAUGUUUGCAUGGUACAAAUUUGGUCCCCUUACAAAGACAGUUGAUGCAGAUGGACACUUUUAAGAGUUAGAUUUUCACCUACCAAUUAAAAUCAUCAUAAAAUGGAAAAUGUUAGGUACUGAACACAAUAUUUGUCUUUAAUUUAAAGCGCCCUUUGCUUUAACUUUAGUUUCAGAGUAAGCAGGAGCACAAACAUCCAAUGACUUUUACUCAAAAGCCCAUUCAUUAAACUUGGCUAAGCAGAGACAGCAUUUUUAAAGAACAAGUGACCUAAAAUUUGUUCUUAAUGCUGGGAAGACUACACAUUUUUUCUAGGCCAAUAAAAUAGAAAACAAUUGACCACAAUAAA